AAUGACCUCAACAAAUUUCAAUAUUGGAUUGGGGGAAAGCACCCGUAAUUCCAGUAGAGUAUUGAGGCCUCCAGGAGGAGGGCAUACUGACAUAUUUGGUGGACCAGAUCCAAAUCAAGGCAUAAAAAGAGAUAGUGGACGAAAUGCUUCAUCCAUUCUAGAAGGAACCAAUAGCAGAGUUGAACCUAAACCUUCUAGUCCAGUGAAGGCUGCCAUGAAGAUUCCCACUACAACCCCACAAAUGAGCAGUGAGCCAGAAGCUUCCCAGCAAUCACGUGGUUCUCGUGUUCCACCUGGUGGAUUUUCAUCUGGACUUUGGUAGAACUCUGAAUAUAUUUUUUAUUGCAGUAUAACUUUUGUACUUAAUGUAUUUUAUAUUGUGAUGAAAUAUUUGAAUAUCAAAAUUGUUUUGGAAUAUUUAUCUCUAUAUAAGGUGUUGUAUUAACUUUUGAAUGUUUUCAAUUUUGGAAAAGGCUUGCUAAUUCUUACAUAUUCGAUUUUUAAUAAAUAUUCUUCAUUGUA